AUGGAUUUUUACUCGUGGGUCGAGGGUCGCUCGCGCGAGCCCGUCCGCGGCCUUUACCUGCACGACCUGCGUCUUGACGAGGCCUUCCUCAACGUCUCUUCACAGCUAAAUAAGCCUGUUUGGGUUUAUUCUCAGCGACAACCAUGCUACAAAUGCACGCAGUUCUCACUGAUGGGCGCACUGGCUGCCCACAACUCAACCACCUACAAGGUCAGCUCCCUGUUUGACCUGGAGAUGCUGGUGCUCAAUCAAAAUCUGGGUGACACUUUCAAUUUGCCUGAAAACGGCACAGACUACUUGGAAUGCUCAAGCAACUUGAGUUUUGGCGAAUUCGGAAUCUACGACCUCGUCGUCUCUUCUGCAAACUCUGUGACCGCUUGUCGAUCAGAAACUGUCGUUCCACCCGUCAACAUUUUCCUACCCGCUGUUGUGGUAACUUUCAUGUCCAUCGCUGCGCUCCUCCUUAUAUAUGGAAUGUACGUCAUGUGGAAUAUUUAUAAUAAGAGGUUCUCGCAAAAGAAUGCCUCGGAGUGUUCAGACGUGGAGAACAACGGUAGCGAGCUCACCAUUAACAAAGAAGGCACCAAAACGGUCAAGUUCAAAACGAGACUGCAUUCGCUGGAUGUUUUCAGAGGGUUUUGCGUCAUACCACUUUUAUUCCAUUGUGGGUACAAAGGCGGCUACCAAACGCUGGACCACGCAGUUUGGGAUGGGAUUCCAAUUGCAGAAUGGCCUUUUCCAUGGUUCCUUUGGAUCAUGGGCGUGUGCAUUCCAUUGAAGAUGAAAUCGGCUUUGGCAAAGAAUGUCUCUAGGUCACGGCUUGUCUUUGAGAUAACAAAGCGCUUUGUCUUCCUGUUUGCUCUCGGAUUAAUGAUCAACAGUGUGGAUAUCGGAGUGCAAUUGGAGACUAUGCGGUACUAUGGUGUUUUGCAACGCAUCGCAUUCAUGUUCCUAAUAUCUGGCGCCCUCUUUGCUUUGCUCUGGCCGCGAGAUUACAAGAAAUUUGCUGGAACUUACGGAGAUUUGAGAGUUUUGCUGCCACAAUGGUUAGUCUACCUGGUCAUUCACGCAAUAUAUUUGGGACUCGUUUUUCUACUUCCAGUGCCUGGCUGUCCAACUGGCUACUUGGGUCCUGGUGGUUUGAGUGAAGGUGGUAAAUAUUUCAAUUGCACCGGAGGGACUUUUGGAUACGUGGACAAACUGAUACACGACGAGGCCCAUUUACUGCAGUCGCCAACAACAAAGGCUGUUUACCAAGUCAAGGUGUUUGACCCAGAGGGGCCUUUCAGCACCUUGCCGUCCCUUUUAACGAUGAUCCUUGGGGCGCAGGCUGGCGCAAUUUUGGUCAUGCACUCGGACUGGCACAGCCGAAAGUCGCGACUCGUUGGGUGGGGUGUAGGGUGCAUUGUUCUUGGCUCUACUUUGCAUUUAAACGACGUCAUCCCUAUUAACAAGCAGUUGUGGAGCACGUCAUUUUCUUUGGUGACAGGAGGAGUUGCAUUUUUGUGGUUGACAAUAUUCAUGUACCUAGUUGACGUGACCAGAAUCUGGAAUGGUUUUCCUUUGCGGCAACCAGGUAUAAAUUGUUUGACUCUUUACGUUGGAAGCAGGAUCACGGCAAAUAUGUGGCCGUGGCAUUUUGCUUACGGUAACAUGGACACGCACUUUAUCAGACUCAUUGACUCGUGCUGGAGUGUCUUUCUCUGGGUUUGCGUCUCCAUUUAUUUUUACGUGAAGAAGAUUUUGAUAACGGUAUAGUUUUGCCUCUUCAUCGAAUACAAAUCAAAAUUUUUUUUCAAAUUGAGUGGUGCCUUCUGCACCACUAAUAAAGGGC